AUGACAACCUUGCAAUGCCAAGCUUGUAUGGUGUUAGUUGCUGCUUCUAGAAUAAGCUUGCAAAACAUCCAGUCCAGCUGUUUCAUCAGUAGGCAUGCCGCACGGACAACACCGCUUCAGGCGCAGCCUCGACCUGUCAGAACAAUUUCGAGGAGGAGCACUGGCGCGAGGGCAUCUUUUUGCGACGGCGGCGAGACGGUAGCACGGGAGGGAGACAUGGUGAAUGUGAAAUUCGUGUGCAAGACACUGGAUGGUGAGGUGCUUCAUGCAUCCGGCGAUGAUGACGUGUUGACGUUUGAAGUCGGUGCUGGUAAUUUCGUUGGAAAUCCUCUUUUCAAGGGGUUUGAUGAGGCAGUGAAGGGACUGGCAGUUGGCCAAAGCCGCACCGUACAGUCAGCACCUAUGGCUAAAACUGAUGAGAUGAUUUUCCGAGUACCCAAGGACCACGAAGAGAUCCAGAGGCUGACUAAGGAGCAAGGGAGAGAGCUCAAAGCGGGAGAUGUUGUUGUGCUUGCGAAUGGGGGCCCUGCUGAGAUUCUAGAGGUUGGCAAGGACUUCGUUGUGGUUGAUGCGAACCAUCCACUGGCCGAGCAAAUAAUUGAAUUUGAAGUGGAGCUGGUCUCCAUUGGUGACUCACAGUGA